AUGAACUCAUUUCAACACCAUCCAGUGAAACAAAUACGCGAGAACACACGAAGACAGGUUAUUUUAGCGGACGUUAAUAUACCGUACAAAUUUUCUUUAGACAGAUCAAAGAAUCAUUUAUUUUUCUGCAUAAAUGCCGACGAGUUCUCGGAACAAAGCUUUCACUCAGUCGUAUUAGAGCUCCACGGCGGCUCCACUACAAUUGUUCCGGGCAUUCGAAAUGGAUUUGCGAGCGCAGUCGACCAUGCCUCCGGAUCCGUCUACCUUGGAGGUAGCGAUGGUAUAUAUAAAUACAACUACCAAACAAAAGAUGUGAUAACGCCAUCUUUGAUAGGAGAAAUCGAUAUAUUCGACAUGUAUUUUCAGAAAUAUUUGUAUUUUGUAGAUACAGCAAAUCAAAAUCUUUAUACGUAUAAAAACAACAAGGUCACCAUCGUGCCUGAAUUAAAAGACCAUCAAAUACUCCACUUCGUUAUCGAUGUUGACGAUAAUAUUAUAUUUGUAAAUGGAGCCGGUAUACACAUACUACCGAAAGGUGAAAAAUCAGCUAUACUAUAUGAUAACAGAAAUAUCAACAUUCGUGGCGCUACGACUGAUAUAAAUGGUUUGCCCUUUUUCAUAGCACAAGACGGAAUCUACAAAAUCGGCGAUAAUAUGGAAUUAGUUAAAAUAUUAAUUCUCGAAAAUGGUUACGGAUUAGCAUUUGAUAAAGAUAAUAAUAUUGUUUACAGCGACGAAAGAACUGUUAAUAAAUUAAUCCCAUGCGAUAAAUAUUAA